AUGUUAAAAACAAAACAAAAAGUGUUAUCAUUAUGCAAUUAGCUUAAACAAACCAGUUGCCUGAAAACCGGCAGAUGCAGCUACGUGAUCGUCCAAGCACUCGGCGAAGGUUAUGUACAGUCGCGGUCAAAAGUUGACGUAAAGAACAUAAUGUCAUGGCGGUCUUUAGGAAGGCUGUUCUAAAACCUGAAAGGGGAACAUUAUCAGCAGACCUAUGUAAGCGUCAAUAUAUACCUUGAUGCUGCAGAAAAAAGACCAUCUAUUUUUUUUAACCGAUUUCCGAACUCUAAAUGGGUGAAUUUGGGCGAAUUAAACGCCUUUCUGUUUAUUGCGCUGGAGGCGAUGACGUCAGAAUGUGACGUCACCGAGGUAACACACCCGCCAUUUUCAUUUUCAACACAUUACAAACACCGGGUCUCAGCUCUGUUAUUUUCCGUUUUUUUGACUGUUUUUUGGAACCUUGGAGACAUCAUGCCUGGUGGGUGUGUUGUCGGAGGGUGUAACAACACUAACAGGGAGGGAUUCAAGUUGCACCACUGGCCCCAAGAUGCCAAAGUGUCUGCCGCCAGACCCCCAUUGAAUGUACCAGAGUGUCUCCACAUUUGACCGGCGAUGCUGAAGCAGACAUGGCACAGAGAUGUAUGGAUAACCUGCAGAUGCAUUUGCAACGAUAGUCAACGAAAUCAAAAAGACCGACGACAAUGGCAGGUGUCCUCAAAAGGAAGUUUGCAGAAGUAGAAGACGGCGCCGACGACGACGACCUCACCCACCCUUCCCCGCCGACCUCUUCGCCCGCGUCCUCCGAGUGGGAGUCGGACUCGGAGGAUUUUACGCCCCACAGCCCCCCCGCACCCGGCGCUCUACCCGUUGGCUCCAUCGUGAAAAAGCCCCGGCGGGUAAACGGGCAGCGUCAUGUGCGCUUCGACCAGGUGACGGUGUUCAGUUUCCCCCGCUGCCAAGGCUUCAUCAGCGUGCCCCGCCGCGGCGGCGCCACGCUGGGUAUGAGGCGGCAGCAUAGCGCCCUCCGCAGGUACACGGUGGCGGAGCACGAAGCGGCGCGGCGGCGCAGGCAAGCGCGCCUGCUCCGCCUGAGACCGGAAGAAUGGGAAGACGACCCGGUUGCAAACGAGGACGCCCACCUCGGUGACGGCGAGCUGGAAGGCGGAGGUUCCUUACAGCCGUACUCGUCCAAGCAGCGGCAGGCUCUCCUGCUGGCCGCCGGCGUGAAGCGCAUCGACCGGGAGGAGAAGAAGCAGCUGCACGCGCUGCGUUUGUCCCGAGAGGCUUGCGGGUGCGACUGCCAGGGCUUUUGUGAGCCCGAGACCUGCGCCUGCAGCCUGGCGGGCAUCAAGUGCCAGGUGGACCGCUUCACCUUCCCUUGCGGCUGCGCCAAGGACAGCUGCGGGAACGCAGCGGGCCGCGUGGAGUUCGACUCCAAACGCGUGCAGACACAUUACAUCCACACCGUCACGCGGCUGCAGUUAGAGCGGCGGCUGCAGGACGGAGCGGCGAGCAGCGACGAGGAGCGAUCAGGUCGUCCGGAAGACCUCAAAGAGGCCCGCCCGGCCACGGCUGCGCCCUGCAACUACUUGGGCUUCACCUUGGAGGAAGAUAAUCUUACUCUUCCCACCCGCCCGUCCUUUAUUCUGUUGCCGGAGCGCUCAGCGGGGGAAGACACCAGCUGCAGCAGCGACAUGAGCGAGUCCUCCUGCUCGUCCUCCGACUGCGACGCUGCCGGCCAUGAAGGGGGGCCCUGCGCCCUAAGCAUCUGUGACUCGGACAAUAACAACUACUCUGUGUGUGACCAACUGAGACUCCUGGCAGCCCCGCGGACCCCCAAUAGAACCACGUCUAGAAGUCCUGACGGCGUGGGAGCGCAUCCAGCAAACAAUAAAAACUAUCUGGACGAAAACGCCAACCCGGCCAGGGGAAUUUUUGACGAUGAAGAUUCCCUGGAAGGGUUGCCGAACACCCCCUCCCCGACUCUGGACUAUCGCUCCUCCGGGUAUAUGGACCCCAGUCUGUCCUCGGACUCGGACCUGGAGUUCUUUGACAGCGACUAUCCUGCGGGGCCCCUGCACAGCUCAUUCAAAGAGCACAGCUUCCGGCAUCUUCAGCUGAUCAGUUCUGUUUAUUUGCCCGCCUGUGAAUCGAGCGCCUACCUCCUGGAGUCUCUGAUGGGCCUGACCGAGCCCAGCCCACAGCAGCCUUACGAUAAUCAGCUCGCAUAGAAAAAUAUACGAUUUUUGUUUUGUAUAUGACAAAAACACAGUUUUAGAAAAUAUUAAACAGAUAUAUAUAUAUAUAUAUAUGUACUGUAUACAUACUGUAUAUAAUGUAUGUAUACAUGUUUAUGUAUAUACGUAUGUAUUUAUGUUACAUAUAUAUAUUAUAUUUGUAUUUAUAGGAAUUAUAUAUUACAUGUGUAUAUGUAUGCAUAUAUGUUUACAUAUACUGUAUGUAUAUAUUUUUAUGCAUAAAUACAUAUACACGUGUGUGU